AGUACUUUAAUUUCUCACAACUUUUCAUUGAUUCAGACAACAAUGUAACGGACAAAUAUGAACUAAUAAAAAGGCUGUAACUAAAUUCCAAAUCUAUGUAACACUUGUAACCAACUGACAACAACACAUUAAGGUGGAAAUUCGAAGGAUUUAUGCCUGUGCCUUUGCUUUAAUGUAGCUUGCAGAGGUGGACAGCAAUAGCACUUCAUGUUUUAUAUCCAGGAAAAAAUAAAGUAGUAGUCCAUGUUUUAUAGCAUAUCUCUGCUUAGUGGAAUUGGGUUUAUAUAUGCCCUGUGCCAUGAUGCCAUAAUGAAAGAAUGAAUGAAGGAGUCUUCUUCAAAGCUGACUGAAGUCAUUUCCUAGGGAGAUUUUAAUGUGUACAAUGCCUAAGAGCUGAAGAACCUAUAUAUUAGAGCAUUCCCGUUUUGCUUUGCUUACAGAGCUUCUAAGGCUGGCUGGUACUAUAUUGACUGCCCUGAACUACAUUCAACAUGGGUUCGGCAACACAUUAUGGAGGGGGUGAGAAGGUUCAUGAUCAGUCUCCAAUAGAAGAAGUUGCACUUACAGUACCCACUACAGAUGACCCAACCUUACCAGUAAUGACAUUCAGGAUGUGGUCUCUAGGCCUAUUGUCCUGUAUAAUUUUGGCCAUAGCCAAUCAGUUCUUUUCAUACAGGUCCAACCCACUCACAAUAUCAGGAUUCUCUGCUCAGAUAGCAGUUCUGCCUUUGGGACAUCUCAUGGCAGCCACAUUACCCACCAAAAAAUUCCGUUUCCCUUGCACAAACUGGCAUUUUACACUUAAUCCGGGUCCAUUUAACAUCAAGGAGCAUGUUCUCAUUACAAUAUUUGCCAAUGCUGGAGCAGGAGGUGUAUAUGCAAUAAGCAUACUCACCAUAGUCAAAGCCUUCUAUAAGAGGCAUAUUGGUUUUGUAGCUGCUUGGUUACUUUCAGUUACAACUCAGGUGUUGGGAUUUGGAUGGGCUGGUAUCUUCAGAAAGACUUUGGUGGAGACUUCCUAUAUGUGGUGGCCGGUAAACCUCGUCCAAGUUUCUCUAUUUAGGGCUCUGCAUGAAGAAGAAAAAAGGCCAAAAGGAGGAUUGACAAGGAUGCAGUUCUUCAUCAUAGUGCUCACAGCAAGCUUCUCAUACUACUUAGUACCGAAUUUUCUCUUCCCCUCUGUUACAGCCUUCUCCAUUGUUUGUUGGAUAUGGAAGGAUUCUGUUACUGCUCAACAGAUUGGAUCAGGCCUAAAAGGCCUAGGUAUAGGUUCCUUUGCUCUUGACUGGGCUGUUGUAUCAUCCUAUUUAAAAAGUCCCCUGGCAACUCCCUGGUUUGCAAUAGCCAAUGUCAUGGUCGGUUUCAUCAUCAUCAUGUAUGUCAUUAUACCCCUGGCCUACUGGAACAAUGUUUACAACGCAAAAGCUUUUCCAAUAUUUUCAUCAGACCUCUUCACGGACAGUGGUCAAAAGUAUAAUACCACGAGAAUUCUGACAGACCUUUUUGGCUUCAAUGAUGAAGCCUACAAAGAUUACAGUAAACUGCACAUGAGCAUCCUCUUUGCAUUGACAUAUGGUCUGAGCUUUGCCACUCUUUCGGCAACUAUAUCCCAUGUACUGGUAUUUCAUGGAAAUUACAUAUGGAAUACUACCAAGGCAUCUCUGGGGGAUGAAAAUAUUGAUGUGCACACCAGAUUGAUGAGAGAAAAUUACAAGGCUGUCCCACAAUCCUGGUUUAUGAUAUUACUGGUUUUGACUGUAAGUGUAGCCAUUGCAACAUGCCAAGGGUUUAAGCAACAGUUACAACUACCAUGGUGGGGAGUGCUUCUGGCCUGUCUGCUGGCAGUGACUUUAACUCUUCCCAUUGGCAUAAUCACUGCCACCACUAAUAUGACACCAGGGAUGAAAAUAAUAAAUGAGUAUAUUGUAGGAUAUCUCUAUCCAGGCAGACCUGUUGCAAAUGUAAUAUUCAAGACAUAUGGUAAUAUGACCAUGGUUCAAGCAAUCACUUUUCUUUCUGACUUCAAGCUGGGACAUUACAUGAAGAUCCCACCCCGGUCAAUGUUUGUUGUUCAGGUUGUAGGUACACUAGUAGCUGCCUCUGUAUACUUUGGAAUGGCGUGGUGGCUACUAGAAAGCGUAGAAAAUAUGUGUGCUCCUGAGCUCCUACCAGAAGGUAGUCCUUGGACAUGCCCUUACGAUAGGGUUUUUUACAAUGCCUCGGUCAUAUGGGGGGUAGUUGGACCCAAAAGAAUCUUUGGAUCCAUGGGACUCUAUGAAACUCAAAAUUGGUUCUUCUUAGUGGGUGCAUUAGCACCAAUCAUAGUAUGGAUUGUUUCCAAGAUAUUUGCUGAAAAGAAGUGGAUUCGUCGGAUUAAUAUGCCAGUAUUGAUUGGUGCCACAAAUAUGAUGCCUCCUGCAACUUCUGUGAACUUCAUAUGUUGGGGAACAGUUGGGUUUAUUUUCAAUUAUGUUAUUUAUAAACGAAACAAGAAAUGGUGGAGUAGGCACAACUAUGUGUUCUCAGCUGCAAUGGAUGCAGGGGUGGCAUUUAUGGGAUUAUUGGCUUAUUUUGCAUUACAGAUGAAUGAACGAAAUUUGAGUUGGUUGGGGGGAGAAUUGGAUGACCAUUGUCAUGUUGCUAAAUGCCCUACACUUCCUGGAAUUAUAGUUGAUGGUUGCCCAAAGUAAAUUAUUAGAACCACUUUCUUCUUCAAUUUAUGGUUUUUUUAUUUUUAUUUAUAAAGUUAGGUCUUUAUUGAAUAUAAUUCUAUCAUUAUCUUUCCUUUUAAUAUUACUAGUAAAGAGCACCUUGAUGGUGUGAUGAUUAUGUGUUGAGUCCAUUGUUAAAGCCUUUAUCCAAAAUAAAUGUAUUUUGGAUUUUUGUAUAUAAAAAUUGAAGAGAAUCAAAUGUAUUAAUAUAAGCACAUGAAUUUAUAAGAGGUCACGUUGCCACAUGUCGUAUACUUCCUAAAAUUAUA